AUUCAGGCGAAAAAUAUGUGGAGGUUGAAGAUCGCGGAAGGGGGCAAUGAUCCAUACCUUUACAGUACAAACAACUUCGUUGGUAGGCAAAUUUGGGAGUUUGAUCCAAAUUAUGGAACUCCAGACGAGCGGGAUGAGGUGGAAAAGGCUCGUCUUGACUUCUGGAAUCAUCGACACCAAGUUAAACCCAGCAGUGAUGUGCUUUGGCGGAUGCAGUUUUUAAAAGAGAAAGGGUUUAAACAGACGAUACCCCAGGUGAAGAUAGAAGAUGGUGAAGAGAUUUCUUAUGAAAAAGCUACCACCACGUUGAGGAGGUCUGUUCGCUUAUUUGCAGCCUUGCAGGCUGACGAUGGCCACUGGCCAGCCGAAAAUGCUGGUCCGUUGUAUUUCAUGCAGCCAUUGGUUAUAUGCUUAUAUAUCACAGGCCAUCUUAACAGCGUCUUCACGACAGAAUACAGAAAAGAAAUUCUUCGAUACUUAUACUGCCAUCAGAAUGAAGACGGAGGAUGGGGAUUUCACAUUGAAGGUCAUAGCACGAUGUUUUGCACUACCCUCAGCUACAUUAACAUGCGUCUUCUAGGAGAAGGACCGGAUGGUGGUUUAAAUGGUGCAUGCACCAAAGCGCGAAAAUGGAUUCUAGAUCAUGGCAGUGUGACAACCAUUCCUUCUUGGGGAAAAACGUGGCUUUCAAUGCUCGGUGUUUGUGAUUGGGCAGGAAGCAACCCGAUGCCCCCAGAGUUCUGGAUCUUGCCUUCUUUCCUUCCGAUGUAUCCAGCGAAAAUGUGGUGUUACUGUAGGCUGGUGUACAUGCCAAUGUCGUACCUAUACGGGAAAAGAUUUGUGGGUCCAAUCACUCCUCUGGUUUUACAACUUCGGGAUGAACUUUACGCGCAGCCCUACAAUAAAAUCAACUGGAAGAGUAUAAGACAUUUGUGUGCAAAGGAGGACCUAUACUACCCACAUCCUCUACUACAAGAUUUACUGUGGGAUAGCCUCUACAUUUUCACCGAGCCUCUCCUCACUCGCUGGCCAUUUAACAAAUUGCGCAAGAAAGCACUCGAAACAACCAUGAAUCAUAUUCAUUAUGAGGAUGAGAAUAGCAGAUAUAUCACAAUUGGUUCAGUCGAGAAGGCACUGUGUAUGCUAUCAUGUUGGGUUGAAGAUCCGAAUGGAGUCAGCUUUAAAAAGCACCUUGCCAGAAUCCCCGAUUAUAUCUGGGUUGCCGAGGAUGGAAUGAAAAUGCAGAGCUUUGGCAGCCAAGAGUGGGACGGAGGUUUUGCCAUCCAAGCGCUGCUGGCUACCGAUCUUACCCAUGAGAUUGGCCCUACGCUGAAGAAAGGACACGACUUUAUUAAAGCCUCACAGGUAAAGGACAACCCUUCUGGUGACUUUAAAAGCAUGCAUCGCCAUAUUUCUAAAGGGUCGUGGACCUUUUCAGAUCAAGACCAUGGAUGGCAAGUUUCCGACUGUACUGCUGAAGGAUUAAAGUGUUGCCUCUUACUCUCAAUGAUGCCACCAGAAAUUGUUGGCAAGAAGAUGGAUCCUGAGCAGCUAAAAGAUGCUGUCAACGUAUUACUUUCUUUACAGAGCACAAAUGGUGGCUUAUCAGCUUGGGAACCAGCAGGAUCAUCAGAAUGGUUGGAGAUUCUCAAUCCAACAGAGUUCUUUGCAGACAUUGUCAUAGAGCAUGAGUAUGUCGAGUGCACAUCAUCAGCAAUGCAGGCCCUGGUUUUGUUUAACAAGUUAUUCCCCAGGCAUAGGAGCAAAGAGAUAGUAAAUUUCCUUAAAGGUGCAGGUGGAUAUCUAGAGAAAAUACAGAUGCCAGAUGGUUCAUGGUAUGGAAACUGGGGUGUGUGUUUCACAUACGGUACAUGGUUUGCUCUUGGAGGCCUGGCAGCAAUUGGCAAGACGUAUGAAAAUUGUCGAGCAAUACGUAAAGCUGUCAGUUUUCUGCUAAAAACACAGCGGGAAGAUGGUGGUUGGGGAGAAAGCUACAAAUCCUGCCCACAAAAGAAAUAUAUACCUCUAGAAGGAGGACGGUCCAACUUGGUACAUACUGCGUGGGCUAUGAUGGGGCUGAUCCAUUCUCGGCAGGCGGAAAGAGAUCCAACACCACUACACAGAGCGGCCAAGUUGCUGAUCAAUUCCCAGAUGGAAAAUGGCGAUUUUCCGCAACAGGAAAUAACUGGAGUGUUCAUGAAGAACUGCAUGUUGCAUUAUGCGCUAUACAGAAGUAUCUACCCAAUGUGGGCUUUAGCUGAUUACCGCAACCAGGUGCUGCCGAAGCCUACUGCAAACAUCCAAAAAUCUUGA